AUGAGACGCCUUCCUCCUCAAAAUACUGAAGAAAAUUUUUUGCGACUCUUAGAUCUUGUCCCCCCUAAUAUUCAAGAACCCUUGUUUAGCGUUAUCGAUCAGCCACUGAGGGAAGCAAAAUGUCCUAAAACCGGAAAGGAUUACAUCCUUUCGGCUUACAACCGAGAUGCUGAUUCUUUUAGUAGACCUGAGCUUGGUCACAUGAAUUUGUCUGGCAGUAUGACAAGACAGUCCGAAGCCGAUUACCCAUUUGAUGAACCUUCAGCUCACAUAGCAAACAUCGGAAAGAUGAUCGAAGAUAUAGAAAUAAAAAUGCGUAAUUUACUACAAGAGGUUUACUUUGGUAAGACCAAAGACAUCGUUAACGAUUUGCGAUCUGUUAAUUCACUUAUCGAAGCCCAGAGGCAAGCCAAUAUUCAGAAAGAACUUGUGGGAAAGUUGAUGGAACGAAAGCCGGGAAGUUAA